UGUGGUCAGAGGGCCCCUCAAGUUGGAUUGCGUUGGAAAAACUUGAGGGCAUCGGCCCAAAGCUUUGGUUGUCAUCGUUUCUAUAUCAUCAUGUCCAACUAUAUCAAAAUCACUGACGUCGAAUUGACAGAUCAGCCAUCAGGAGGAGCGCCGAAGCAGGCUCAAAAGUCGGCUCGUCACGGUGCUGUUCCCAGAUCCUUGGCAAGUGGUGAACAGCAAUUCACUCACGAAGUCAGAACGAAGCGAUGGUGGUCAAGGAUGGGCAAAAAAGGCUGGCUGAUCCUAGCGUUAGGAAUGGUUGUGAUACUCAUCUCGUGUACGGCCCUCGCGCUUCUGUGGAACGGUGCUGUGAUCGCGGCGUCUGGGGAAGAGCCGUCAGAACUAUGGAAAGCUGUAGUUUUCAACGACUGGGCUCCGACUGUCAUUACGAUAUGUUCAGCUGCUAUCAGGACUUCGAUGAUGAUGCAAGCUGGACUCAUCACAGCGGCAAUAUCGGCUCUGAUGCUCGAGAGUUCACGAGUAUCUCUCGCUGACGCUGCGGUAGCGUCUAUCGAGAGAGCAGCUAGUACUGGGCCAUUUGCCAUCUUCUUUCCAGCGGCAAGACAAGGUAACAACCUGCCAGGGCUAUAUCAUCUCCUUUUUGUGAUUGCAGCCUCAGGAAUAAUGGUGACCUCGACCUUCUUCUCGACCAUUCUGCUCUCCGACUUCCAAACUCUAUCAAUAUCAGGACCAGCAACGAACAUUACAGUCUCUGUGGCGUUCAGAAACGACGGCACCGAGCUACGCGGAAGCGGUGUGUCACUUUUCAAAUCUAGCCCAGCCACGUAUUGGAGAUACGGGGAACGGAACGAUGACGGAGCUCUGUCCGGCCCUGAUAUUGUCGAUACUGGCAACGUCUAUCGCGCUCUUCUGCCGUCAAUAAACGCCACGGCAAGAACAACACUUGAAUACUAUAACGGACCUGUUAUCAUCGCCAACUCUAGAACAUUUUGCUCGGCUCCGGAUUUCGAAACUUUGGAGGUUUACAAUACCAACUCCGAUGGCCUAUUUGGAGUCAAAGUGGAUGCAUCAAUACCCAUCGGGAAGCAUCUCAAAGGAGAUACUUAUAAGGACGCGAUCUUUCAGAUGAGUUUCGACUGCCGCCUUGCGCGUAUCGGAGGUCACUACAAGGACGAAAGUCACAAACCAAUCUACGACAGCAACCUAUGGCCACUUACAUUUUGUCCGGGUCGAUAUUGGGAUGGUGAUGGUUUCAAAGGUCUUUCAGAACCAGUGAAGGGCACAGAGUACAUGUUCCAUGUCAUACUUGUUAUCAACUCCAGCCAAACCAUUUAUGAGAAAUAUGUCGACGUGGACAACCUGUCCCCUGUUUAUGAUAAAAGCGGAGUUUGGACGUCCAUCCAGGACAACUCCAGCUUUCCGCUCUUCAACGCCAGCCUCUGCUUCACAAAUGUCGCAGAGCCCGCCGUCUAUAACGCAACCAUGCGAGGACAACCAAUUUUGCAAGAACCCCAAUUCAACUGGAACAGCAUCAAAUGGAACACCAGCUCCAUCCGCCGCCAGUUGGGUAUCGCGAGUCCCGCAGCCCGUAGCUCCGCCGCCGUCUUCACAGAGCGCGGCAUCAUGCAACUCAUCUCCUUCACUCUUUCCUCGGAAGAAAAGCUUUGGUGGACAGUCAGCGCUCACGGCGUACUGAUGGAGUCCCUCAGCGCAACUUUGGAGACACGGGGUUGGAACAUGUUGAACGGCGCCUACCUGGGCGAGACUUGGAGUACGAGGAGCCCGGAGCACGAGCAGGAGCAAUGGACGCCUCACUCCGCGCACGUUACACUGUUCCAGGACAUCUUGCAGACGACAGAGGAUCUAUCGCGAGCGGUCCAGGAGAUGGUCGCGAGGUUACAUCAAAUGGCGUACUACGAGUCUGAGAAUGGGUAUAAUCUAGAAUAUCCCGUUACGACUGUGUCUUCGAGGAGCACCUAUAUCCCGUUACGGUGGACAGGCUUCAGUAUCGUGCAGGGUGUAAUUGCGCUCCAUCUUGUACUAUUGCUAACAACGACGGUGCUGUUCUUGACACGGACGCGAGCUUCGUCACUAGGAAAUGCGUGGAAAACGGUUGCGCAGGUUGUCUCGCCGCAUACCAAGGAGAUAGGUGAUAAGGCGGAUAGGUUGAUGGAUGAUGAAGUUAGAGAGAGGACAGUUUCGACCGGGGCGGACGUUUUUGGCGUUGGGAUUCGCCGCUCGGCUGAUACAAGUAGGGUGGAAAUUCGCCCGGCAGCCGUAAGGGCUCGUCGCCUGCUUGGUCGAGACCGGGGGUAAUCAAAAUUAUUUCUUGUUGGAACUUUGCUAUGGUAUCUCGAGCUCUAGCAGGUCUCUGUUUCGCCAAGUUUUUCUAUAUCGAGAUCCCCGAACUU